ACCCGGAUUUGGGGAAUGACUGCCGUGCCUUCUGCUGUCCUUGCAGGCCCUCAGAGCAAAGUGUCGCGGUGCCAACCCAACGAGCACAACUGCCUGGGCACCGAGCUGUGCAUCCACAUGAGCAAACUGUGCAACGGGCUCCACGACUGCUUCGACGGCUCGGACGAGGGGCCUCACUGCAGGGAGCAAUUGGCCAACUGCACAGCGCUGGGCUGCCAGCACCACUGUGUGCCCACGCUGAGCGGCCCUGCCUGCUACUGCAACAACUCCUUCCAGCUGGCUGAGGACAGGAGGAGCUGCAAAGACUUUGAUGAAUGCACUGUGUAUGGCACCUGCAGCCAGACUUGCACCAACACUGAGGGCUCCUACACGUGCAGCUGCGUCGAAGGAUACCUCCUGCAGCCUGACAACAGGUCCUGCAAAGCCAAGAAUGAGCCCGUGGAUCGCCCUCCCGUGCUGCUCAUUGCCAACUCCCAGAACAUCCUGGCCACGUACCUGAGCGGAGCCCCGGUGCCCAACAUCACCCCCACCAGUGCCAAGCAGACCACGGCCAUGGACUUCAACUACGUCGAGGACACGGUGUGCUGGGUGCACGUGGGUGACAGCGCGUCCCAAACCAUCCUCAAGUGUGCCAAGAUCCCCAACCUGAAGGGCUUCGUGGAGGAGCGCUCCAUCAACAUCUCUCUCAGCCUGCACCGUGAGUGCUGUGCAGCCGGGGGGGCUCUUCCUGCACACCUUCCCUCCCCCUUCCCCUUUUACGGUGAUUACAGGAAUCCCAACCCCAAAUCUGCUCCGUCAGGCUGUGAGUCAGAGGGCGACGGUGGCUCUGUUCGGUGCGAGGAGGGUUUUACAGCACAGCCUCCUGCUGGGGCUUGCUGCUCCCAGCCCCGCUGCUGGGAUGUCGGUUUGCUGGGGGGUGGAGAGGAGGGCACCGGUGUGUAUGGGAUGGGCAUGGGAUGUAUAUGGGAUUUUGAGGUGCUGUUUGCAGGGGGUGGGUCUGUGUGUGAUGGCAACGUUGGCUGCAGGUGGAUGUACUGGACAGACUGGGAGGAGGACCCAAAGGACAGCAAGAGGGGCAAAAUCGAGCGGGCCUGGAUGGACGGCUCCAACCGCAACGUCUUCAUCACCUCCAAAACCGUCCUGUGGCCCAACGGGCUCAGCCUGGACAUCCCAGCCAAGAUCCUCUACUGGGUGGAUGCUUUCUACGAUCGCAUCGAGAUGGUUUACCUCAAUGGCACCGAGCGGAAGAUCGUCUAUGAGGGCCCGGAGCUGAAUCACGCCUUCGGGCUGUGCCAUUACAGCAGCUUCCUCUUCUGGACCGAGUACCGCAGCGGCAGCAUCUACCGCCUGGACCAGAGCUCCAAGGCUGUCAGCCUGCUGCGCAACGAGCGCCCGCCCAUCUUCGAGAUCCGCAUGUAUGAUGCUCAGCAGCAGCAAGUGGGCUCCAACAAAUGCCGAGUCAACAACGGUGGCUGCAGCAGCCUUUGCUUGGCCACGCCGCGGGGCCGGCAGUGCGCCUGCGCUGAGGAUCAGAUCCUGGGAGCAGAUUCUGUCACCUGUGAGGCCAACCCCUCCUACAUCCCCCCUCCUCAGUGCCAGCCCGGAGAGUUCGCCUGCAAGAACAACCGCUGCAUCCAGGAGCGCUGGAAAUGCGAUGGGGACAACGACUGCCUGGACAACAGCGAUGAGGCGCCCGAGCUGUGCCGUGCGCCCAACCGCUGGCUGUGCGAUGGUGAUAACGACUGCGGGAACAACGAGGACGAGUCCAACUCCACCUGCUCGGCCCGGACCUGCUCCCCCAACCAGUUCUCCUGCGCCAGCGGGCGCUGCAUCCCCAUCUCUUGGACGUGUGACCUGGAUGAUGACUGCGGGGACCGCUCGGAUGAAUCUGCAUCGUGCGCCUACCCCACCUGCUUCCCCCUGACGCAGUUCACGUGCAACAACGGCCGCUGCAUAAACAUCAACUGGCGCUGCGACAACGGUAAGGGGCUGGGAGGGGCAGGCAGGGAUGGUGAGAUCAGACUUGGAGCCGGCACCUGUCUGCAGGGCGCUCCUGCUGAGCACCAGAGCAGGGCAGGGAGGUGUUGGCUGAGCUGCAGCGCUGAGACCCACGUUGCCUUGGCUGCGUGGGGCUGCAGGAGCAGCCUGGCAGGGCGCACUGCGGCGCUGUUUGCAAGGUGCCAAAAUUCUGGGAAGGCAGCGAAGGGUUCAGCUCUGCGGUCAGGGCUGGGGAGAAGGGUUUGCCCCCAGGCCGCCCUCCUUCCCCACAGGUUCAUUUCCCUCUUCCUACCAGCUCUGCGUUGUACAGCCACGCGCCCACCCGGGGGCUGCCACACCGACGAGUUCCAGUGCCGCCUGGAUGGGCUCUGCAUCCCCAUGCGCUGGCGCUGCGACGGUGACACCGACUGCAUGGACUCCAGUGACGAGAAAAACUGCGAGGGGGUGACCCACGUCUGCGACCCCAACGUCAAAUUCGGCUGCAAGGACUCGGCGCGUUGCAUCAGUAAAGCGUGGGUCUGUGAUGGGGACAGCGACUGCGAGGACAACUCGGACGAGGAGAACUGCGAGUCAUUGGUGUGCAAACCGCCCUCGCACACCUGUGCCAACAACACCUCCAUCUGCCUCCCCCCAGAGAAGCUCUGCGAUGGAUCCGAUGACUGCGGGGACGGCUCCGACGAGGGCGAGCUGUGCGAUCAGUGCUCUCUGAACAACGGUGGCUGCAGCCACAACUGCACCGUGGCCCCUGGGGAGGGCAUCGUGUGCUCCUGUCCCCUGGGCAUGGAGCUGGGAGCUGACAACAAGACCUGCCAGAUCCAGAGCUACUGCGCCAAGCACCUCAAGUGCAGCCAGAAGUGCGAGCAGGACAAGUACAACGUCAAGUGCUCGUGCUAUGAGGGCUGGAUGCUGGAGCCCGAUGGCGAGAGCUGUCGCAGCCUCGACCCUUUCAAACCGUUCAUCAUCUUCUCCAACCGCCACGAGAUCCGUCGUAUCGAUCUGCACCGCGGGGAUUACAGCGUCCUGGUGCCCGGGCUGCGCAACACCAUCGCCUUGGACUUCCACCUCAACCAGAGCUCUCUGUACUGGACUGAUGUGGUGGAGGACAAGAUCUACAGGGGCAAACUGCUGGAGAAUGGGGCUCUGACCAGCUUCGAGGUGGUGAUCCAGUACGGGUUGGCCACCCCAGAGGGCCUGGCGGUGGAUUGGAUCGCCGGCAACAUCUACUGGGUGGAGAGCAACCUGGACCAGAUCGAGGUGGCCAAGCUGGACGGCACCAUGCGCACAACGCUGCUGGCGGGGGACAUCGAGCACCGGGCCAUCGCCCUGGACCCCCGCUAUGGGAUCCUUUUCUGGACGGACUGGGACGCCAGCCUGCCCCGUAUUGAGGCCGCCUCCAUGAGCGGUGCGGGCCGGCGCACCAUCCACAAGGAGACGGGCUCUGGGGGGUGGCCCAACGGGCUCACCGUGGACUAUCUGGAGAAGCGCAUCCUCUGGAUCGAUGCCAGGUGGGGUCGGGUCCCCCCUGCCCUGCAGCCCCCACUGGGUGGUGCCCAUCCCGUCCUCUCCGCAGCGCCCAACCCCUGCGAAGCCAACGGAGGCAAGGGGCCGUGCUCCCACCUCUGCCUCAUCAACUACAACCGCACGCUGUCCUGUGCCUGCCCCCACCUCAUGAAGCUGGACAAGGACAACACCACGUGUUACGAGUUUAAGAAGUUCCUGCUGUACGCACGGCAGAUGGAGAUCCGGGGUGUGGACAUCGACAACCCCUACUACAACUACAUCAUCUCCUUCACCGUCCCUGACAUCGACAACGUCACCGUGGUGGAUUACGACGCUGUGGAGCAGCGCAUCUAUUGGUCCGACGUGCGCACGCAGACCAUCAAAAGAGCCUUCAUCAACGGCACCGGCGUGGAGACCGUCGUGUCUGCGGACCUGCCGAACGCUCACGGCCUCUCUGUGGAUUGGGUUUCCAGAAACCUCUUCUGGACCAGCUACGACACCAACAAGAAGCAGAUCAACGUGGCGCGGCUGGAUGGCUCCUUCAAGAACGCCGUGAUCCAGGGGUUGGAUAAACCCCACUGCCUGGUGGUGCACCCCCUCCAUGGGAAGCUCUACUGGACGGACGGGGACAACAUCAGCGUGGCCAACAUGGAUGGCAGCAACCGCACGCUUCUCUUCACCAACCAGAAGGGCCCUGUUGGUCUGGCCAUUGAUUACCCCGAGAGCAAACUGUACUGGAUCAGCUCCGGCAAUGGCACCAUCAACAGAUGCAACCUGGAUGGCAGCGACCUGGAGGUGAUCGUGGCAGUGAAGAGUCAGCUGAGCAAGGCGACCGCGCUGGCCAUCAUGGGGGACAAGCUGUGGUGGGCUGACCAGGCCUCGGAGAGGAUGGGGACCUGCAACAAGAAGGACGGGACGGAGGUGACGGUGCUGCGUAACAGCACCACGUUGGUGAUGCACAUGAAGGUGUAUGAUGAGAGCAUCCAGCAGGCCGGGAUAAACCCCUGCAGCGUGAACAACGGCGACUGCUCGCAGCUGUGCCUGCCCACCUCAGAGUCCUCUCGUUCCUGCAUGUGCACCGCUGGCUACAGCCUGAAGAGCGGGCAGCAGUCCUGUGAAGGCGUCGGCUCCUUCCUCCUCUACUCUGUCCACGAGGGGAUUCGUGGCAUUCCUUUGGACCCCAAUGACAAAUCAGACGCCCUCGUUCCGGUGUCGGGGACCUCUCUGGCCGUGGGGAUCGACUUCCACGCAGAGAAUGACACCAUCUAUUGGGUGGACAUGGGGCUGAGCACCAUCAGCCGUGCCAAGAGGGAUCAGACGUGGCGUGAGGAUGUGGUCACCAACGGCAUUGGGCGCGUGGAGGGCAUCGCCGUGGAUUGGAUCGCGGGAAACAUCUACUGGACAGAUCAGGGCUUUGAUGUCAUCGAGGUGGCCAGGCUGAAUGGAUCCUUCCGCUACGUGGUCAUCUCACAGGGGCUGGACAAACCGCGGGCCAUCACUGUGCACCCAGAGAAGGGGUAUCUGUUCUGGACGGAGUGGGGGCAGUACCCCCGCAUCGAGCGCUCGCGCCUGGAUGGGACCGAGCGGAUGGUGCUAGUGAAUGUCAGCAUCAGCUGGCCCAAUGGGAUAUCUGUCGACUACGAGGAUGGGAAGCUGUACUGGUGUGAUGCACGGACAGACAAGAUCGAGCGGAUAGACCUGGAGACUGGCGAGAACCGUGAGGUGGUGCUGUCCAGCAACAACAUGGACAUGUUCUCCGUGUCAGUCUUUGAGGACUACAUCUACUGGAGCGACAGGACCCACGCAAAUGGCUCCAUUAAGAGAGGCAGCAAAGACAACGCGACCGAGUCGGUGUCCCUGCGGACGGGCAUCGGCGUGCAGCUCAAGGACAUCAAAGUCUUCAACCGCGCGCGGCAGAAGGGCACCAACAUCUGCGCUCAGAACAACGGUGGCUGCCAGCAGCUGUGCCUGUUCCGUGGCGGGGGGCAGCGGACGUGCGCCUGCGCCCAUGGGAUGCUGGCCGAGGACGGCGUCAGCUGCCGCGACUAUGAUGGCUACCUGCUGUACUCAGAGCGCACCAUCCUCAAGAGCAUCCACCUGUCGGAUGAGAACAACCUCAACGCUCCCAUCAAACCCUUCGAGGAUGCGGAGCACAUGAAGAACGUCAUCGCCUUGGCCUUCGAUUACCGCUACGGCUCCAAAGGCAGCAACCGCAUCUUCUACAGCGACAUCCACUUCGGUAACAUCCAGCAGAUCAACGACGACGGCACGGGACGCAAAACCAUUGUUGAGAACGUGGGCUCGGUGGAGGGCUUGGCGUACCACCGUGGCUGGGACACACUGUACUGGACGAGCUACACCACCUCCACCAUCACCAGGCACACCGUGGACCAGAGCCGCCUGGGGGCCUUCGAGAGGGAAACGGUGAUCACCAUGUCAGGGGACGACCACCCUCGUGCCUUCGUGCUCGAUGAGUGCCAGAACCUGAUGUUUUGGACCAACUGGAACGAGCAGCACCCCAGCAUCAUGCGUGCCACCCUGUCUGGUGCCAACGUCCUCAUCAUCAUCGACCAGGACAUCCGCACACCCAACGGGUUGGCCAUCGACCACAAGGCUGAGAAGAUCUAUUUCUCUGAUGCCACGCUGGACAAGAUUGAGCGCUGUGAAUAUGAUGGGUCCCAUCGCCAUGUGAUCCUGAAAUCAGAGCCCGUGCACCCCUUUGGCCUGGCUGUUUAUGGUGACUACAUCUUCUGGACGGAUUGGGUGCGCCGUGCCGUGCAGAGAGCCAACAAAUAUGUGGGCACCGACAUGAAGCUGCUGCGUGUUGACAUCCCCCAGCAGCCCAUGGGCAUCAUUGCUGUGGCCAACGACACUGACAGCUGUGAGCUGUCCCCGUGCAGGGUGAACAACGGCGGCUGCCAGGACCUGUGCCUGCUCACCCCCAAAGGACACGUCAACUGCUCGUGCCGUGGCGAGCGCGUGCUGCAGGAGGAUUUCACUUGCAAAGCUCUGAACUCCACCUGCAACGUGCACGAUGAGUUCGAGUGUGGCAACGGCGACUGCAUCGACUUCAGCCGGACGUGCGACGGCGUGGUGCACUGCAAGGACAAGUCGGAUGAGAAGCAGUCCUACUGCAGCAGCCGCAAAUGCAAGAAGGGUUUCCUGCACUGCAUGAAUGGGCGCUGCAUCGCCAGCCGCUUCUGGUGCAACGGCGUGGACGACUGCGGGGACAACUCGGACGAAGUGCCGUGCAACAAAACCAGCUGUGCUGCCACCGAGUUCCGCUGCCGCGAUGGGAGCUGCAUUGGGAACUCGAGUCGUUGCAAUCAGUUCAUCGACUGCGAGGAUGCUUCGGAUGAAAUGAACUGCACCGCCACCGACUGCAGCAGUUACUUCAAGCUGGGAGUGAAGGGCACCACGUUCCAGAAGUGUGAGCACACGUCCCUGUGCUACGCGCCCAGCUGGGUGUGCGACGGGGCCAACGACUGCGGAGAUUACUCAGAUGAGCGCAACUGCCCCGGGGGGAGGAAGCCCAAAUGCCCGGCCAACUACUUUGCCUGCCCCAGCGGGCGCUGCAUCCCCAUGACGUGGACCUGCGACAAGGAGGACGACUGCGAGAAUGGAGAGGAUGAGACGCACUGCAACAAGUUCUGCUACCCUGUGCAGUUCGAAUGCAACAACCACCGCUGCAUCUCCAAGCUGUGGGUGUGCGACGGGGCUGACGACUGCGGGGACGGCUCUGACGAGGACAGCCGCUGCCGGCUGACCACGUGCAGCACGGGGUCCUUCCAGUGCCCGGGUACCUACGUCUGUGUGCCAGAGCGCUGGCUCUGCGAUGGGGACAAGGACUGCGCCGAUGGGGCCGAUGAGACCCUCGCUGCUGGCUGCUCAGAGGGAGCAGCUGCAGGAGAGCAGCCACCUUGCACGCAGGCACUGCUCGCUGUCUGGGGAGUCCAGAGGUGCCCGCGGAGCCCUCUUUGCCUGGUGGUCCCCAGGGGGCACUGGGGGGGAGGAUGGCCGUGCCAGUGCUGUCUGUCACCCGCAGAGUACCCCACCUGUGGCCCCCAUGAAUUCCGCUGUGCCAACGGCCGCUGCCUCAGCAACAGUCAGUGGGAGUGCGAUGGAGAGUUUGACUGCCACGACCACUCGGAUGAGGCACCCAAGAACCCGCGCUGCAGCAGCCCAGAGAGCAAAUGCAACGAUUCCUUCUUCAUGUGCAAGAACGGGAAGUGCAUCCCAGAGGCUCUGCUGUGCGACAACAACAAUGACUGCGCUGAUGGCUCCGAUGAGCUCAACUGCUUCAUCAACGAGUGCCUCAACAAGAAGCUGAGCGGCUGCUCCCAGGAGUGCGAGGACCUCAAGAUUGGCUACAAGUGCAGAUGCCGUCCCGGGUUCAGGCUGAAGGACGAUGGGAAGACGUGUAUUGACAUUGACGAGUGCUCCACCACCUACCCCUGCAGCCAGAAGUGCAUCAACACCCUGGGGAGCUACAAGUGCCUGUGCAUAGAGGGCUACAAGCUCAAACCCGACAACCCCACCAGCUGUAAGGCUGUCACAGACGAGGAGCCCUUCCUCAUCUUUGCCAACCGGUACUACCUGCGGAAGCUCAACCUGGACGGCUCCAACUACACUCUGCUCAAGCAGGGCCUGAACAACGCCGUGGCUCUGGAUUUUGACUACCGAGAGCAAAUGAUCUAUUGGACAGAUGUCACCACGCAGGGCAGCAUGAUCCGUCGCAUGCACAUCAACGGCAGCAACGUCCAGGUUCUGCACCGUACCGGGCUCAGCAACCCCGACGGGCUGGCGGUGGACUGGGUGGGGGGCAACCUGUACUGGUGUGACAAAGGCAGGGACACCAUCGAAGUGUCGAAGCUGAACGGAGCGUACCGCACUGUGUUGGUGAACUCGGGGCUGCGUGAGCCCCGGGCGCUGGUGGUGGAUGUGCAGAAUGGUUACCUCUACUGGACGGACUGGGGAGACCACUCACUGAUUGGGAAGAUUGGCAUGGAUGGCACUAACCGUAGCGUCAUCGUUGACACCAAGAUAACGUGGCCCAACGGCCUCACGCUCGACUACAUCAACAGUCGCAUCUAUUGGGCAGAUGCCCGGGAGGACUACAUUGAAUUUGCCAGCCUGGAUGGCUCCAACAGGCACACAGUGCUGAGCCAGGACAUCCCGCACAUCUUUGCGCUCACCCUCUUUGAGGAUUAUAUUUAUUGGACCGACUGGGAGACCAAAUCCAUCAACCGAGCCCACAAGACCACAGGUGCCAACAAGACGCUGCUGAUCAGCACUCUGCACCGCCCCAUGGACAUCCACAUCUACCACCCGUACCGGCAGCCCGACGUUCCAAACCACCCCUGUAAAACCAACAACGCCGGCUGCAGCAACCUCUGCCUUCUGUCUCCGGGUGGGGGGCACAAGUGUGCGUGUCCCACCAACUUCUACUUGGGCAGCGAUGGCAAGACCUGCGUCUCCAACUGCACGGCCAGCCAGUUUGUCUGCAAGAAUGACAAAUGCAUCCCUUUCUGGUGGAAAUGCGACACAGAGGACGACUGCGGGGACCGUUCGGAUGAGCCCGAGGACUGCCCUGAAUUCAAGUGCAGACCAGGGCAGUUCCAGUGCUCCACUGGGAUCUGCACCAACCCGGCCUUCAUCUGUGAUGGAGACAACGACUGCCAGGACAACUCGGACGAGGCCAACUGUGAUAUCCACGUGUGCCUGCCCAGUCAAUUCAAAUGCACCAACACCAACCGCUGCAUCCCCGGGAUCUUCCGCUGCAACGGUCAGGACAACUGUGGGGAUGGAGAGGACGAGAAGGACUGCCCGGAGGUGACGUGUGCCCCCAACCAGUUCCAGUGUGCCAUCACCAAGCGCUGCAUCCCCCGCGUUUGGGUGUGCGACCGCGACAACGACUGUGUGGACGGCUCUGACGAACCCGCCAACUGCACACAAAUGACAUGUGGUGUGGAUGAGUUCCGCUGCAAGGACUCAGGAAGGUGCAUCCCAGCACGCUGGAAGUGCGAUGGGGAGGAUGACUGCGGGGAUGGAUCCGAUGAGCCCAAGGAGGAAUGCGACGAGCGCACCUGCGAGCCCUACCAGUUCCGCUGCAAGAACAACCGCUGCGUGCCGGGCCGCUGGCAGUGCGACUAUGACAACGACUGCGGGGACAAUUCGGACGAAGAGAGCUGCACACCCCGGCCCUGCUCUGAGAGUGAGUUCUCAUGUGCCAAUGGCCGCUGCAUCGCCGGUAGGUGGAAGUGUGAUGGGGACCACGACUGCGCUGAUGGCUCUGAUGAGAAAGACUGCAUACCCCGCUGUGAGUUCGACCAGUACCAGUGCAAGAACGGGCACUGCAUCCCCAUGCGCUGGCGCUGCGACGCCGAUGCUGACUGCAUGGAUGGCACUGAUGAGGAGGACUGUGGCACCGGAGUGCGCACCUGCCCCCUGGAUGAAUUCCAGUGCAACAACACACUGUGCAAACCGCUGGCCUGGAAAUGUGAUGGAGAGGACGACUGCGGGGACAACUCGGAUGAAAACCCCGAGGAGUGCUUGAAAUUCCAGUGUCCCCCCAACAGACCGUUCCGCUGCAAGAACGACCGGGUAUGUCUGUGGAUCGGUCGGCAGUGCGAUGGCAUUGACAACUGUGGAGACAACACCGAUGAGAAGGACUGCGAGUCCCCCACGGCCAAGCCCAAGAGCUGCAGCCAGGACAAGAAUGAGUUCCUGUGUGAGAACAAGAAGUGCAUCAGUGCCAACCUCCGCUGCAACUUCUUUGACGACUGCGGGGACGGCUCUGAUGAGAAGUCCUGCUCUCAUGAGCACAAGUCGUAUGACUGCAUGACCAACGCCACUAUGUGUGGAGAUGAAGCCCAGUGCAUCCAGGCACAGUCCUCCACAUACUGCACAUGCCGCAGAGGCUUCCAGAAAGUUCCGGACAAGAAUUCCUGUCAAGACGUCAAUGAGUGCCUGCGCUUCGGGACCUGCUCCCAGCUCUGCAACAACACCAAGGGCUCCCAUGUCUGCAGCUGUGCCAAGAACUUCAUGAAGACUGACAAUAUGUGCAAGGCGGAAGGUUCGGAGCACCAGAUCCUCUAUAUUGCGGAUGACAACAAGAUCCGAAGCAUGUACCCCUUCAACCCCAACUCAGCCUACGAGCCGGCCUUCCAGGGUGACGAGAACGUGCGCAUCGAUGCCAUGGACAUCUACGUCAAGGGCAACAAGAUCUACUGGACCAACUGGCACACGGGCAGGAUCUCGUACUGCGAGCUGCCCGCCUCCUCUGCUGCCUCCACAGCCUCCAACCGCAACCGGCGCCAGAUCGACGGCGGCGUCACCCACCUGAACAUUUCCGGGCUGAAGAUGCCUCGGGGUAUUGCUGUUGAUUGGGUUGCUGGGAACAUCUACUGGACAGACUCCGGGCGGGAUGUCAUCGAGGUGGCGCAGAUGAAAGGCGAGAAUCGCAAGACGCUGAUCUCGGGCAUGAUCGAUGAGCCUCAUGCCAUUGUGGUUGAUCCUCUCAGGGGGACUAUGUACUGGUCAGACUGGGGCAAUCACCCCAAGAUCGAGACGGCCGCAAUGGAUGGGACGCUGCGCGAGACCCUGGUGCAAGACAACAUCCAAUGGCCAACAGGCCUGGCUGUGGACUACCACAAUGAGCGGCUGUACUGGGCUGAUGCCAAGCUGUCCGUCAUCGGCAGCAUCCGACUCAACGGCACCGACCCUGUGGUGGCCAUCGACAACAAAAAGGGGCUGAGCCAUCCUUUCAGCAUCGACAUCUUUGAGGAUUACAUCUAUGGUGUCACCUACAUCAACAACCGCAUCUUCAAGAUCCACAAAUUCGGGCAUAAAUCCGUCACCAACCUGACGUCCGGCCUCAACCACGCCACCGACGUGGUGCUCUACCACCAGUACAAGCAGCCAGAGGUGACCAACCCUUGCGACCGUAAGAAAUGUGAGUGGCUCUGCCUGCUGAGCCCCAGCGGCCCUGUCUGCACCUGCCCCAAUGGCAAACGCCUGGACAACGGCACCUGCGUGCUCAUCCCCUCCCCCACCGCCUCUGCUGUGGUGCCCACCACCGACACGUGCGACCUGGUCUGCCUGAACGGGGGCAGCUGCUUCCUGAACGCCCGCAAGCAGGCCAAGUGCCGCUGCCAGCCACGCUACAACGGGGAGAGGUGCCAAAUCAACCAGUGCUCAGAUUACUGCCAAAACGGGGGGCUGUGCACCGCUUCCCCAUCCGGCAUGCCCACCUGCCGCUGCCCCACCGGCUUCACGGGGUCCCGGUGUGACCAGCAG